AUGCGCUUCACUGGUCUCCUCACUCUCACUGCGGCCACUCUGGCCCUCGCCCACCCGGGUGAGAAGCACGAUCCUGUUGCCCUCAAGCGCGAGAUUCACGCGCGUGAUGUGCAGGCCGUCAGGGCCAGGCAGGCCUUGGACGCCUGCUCCAACUCCAACGAGGCUAUCCAGUUGACCCAGCGCAACGUCGCCCGUCGUGCCCAGACUACUCGUGACCUGCGCAGCAAGCGCGGCAUCACCGCCCACCCCCAAAAAUGGCGUCGUGACCUUGCUGCCCUCGAGAAGUGGGAAGCUGUUGACCACAACAAGACCGGUAUCCUCAACUACGGCCCCAACACCCCUGAACAGGCCAUCUUUGGCGGAAACACCAGCGCCAUCCUUGCCCCUACCAUCACCGACGGCCCCUACUACAUCUGGGGUGAACUUAUGAGGGAGGACGUGAGGGAAGAGCAGUUCUCUGACGGUGUUGACCUCUUCCUCGAGGUGCAGUACAUUGACGUCAACACCUGCAAGCCCAUCCCGGGUGCUAUUGUUGACAUCUGGAACGCCAACGCCACUGGUGUCUACAGUGGUGUUGUGGCCACUGGCAACGAAGCCGACUGGGACUCAACUUUCCUCCGCGGUAUCCAAGAGUCCGAUGAAGAUGGAGUUGUCACCUUUCAGACCAUCUUCCCCGGGCACUACGAUGGCCGUGCCAUCCACACCCAUCUCCUGACCCACAUCGGUGCCACCGUCAACGAGAACAACGGCACCCUCCAGGUCGGCACCGGCAGCAUCGCCCACAUCGGCCAGCUCUUCUGGAACGAGGUGCUCCGCUCUGCUGUUGAGGACACCUACCCCUACAACACCAACACCCAGGCGAUUACCUCCAACGCCGAUGACAUGUGGAGCAUUGAGCAGGCCAGCGACGACUUCGACCCUUACCCCGAGUACAUCUACCUCGGCAACGGUCUGGAUGAUGGUCUCUUUGCCUGGAUCCAGAUUGGUAUCAACGCUUCGGCCGACUACACCGACAACUCUUACUACAGCAUCGCCGGAUACUACGACGAGAACGGUGGUCACCAGAACACUGACAGCGCUGCUUUCGGCGGCGGUGGUGGUGGUGAGGGUGGUGCUCCUUCCGGUGCCGCUCCCUCUGGCGCUGCCCCUACCGGCUCUGCCGCGCCUUCUGCUUAA